UUCACAGGUAGCCGCGGCUUAGAGCAUAGCACUCGGCUCUACACUGUCGUCUGCAACGACCACGACAAAUUUGAACAUCACGACAAGCCAAGGCGGCGCUUUCCCACCAUCACCCCCCCCCGCCCCCCGCGGAGCAUUCUCUUCUAGCAACUCCGUCCUUCUGUUCGUCGGCGCCAUGCUGCAUGCGCCGCCCCACCCCGAGCCGCAGCACACGUAGAGCGCACUUACGUCCUGAGAGGGCCCAUUGGCGAGCGUCAGCUAUCAGCGCUCAGGUGUGAGGGGUUAGCCUAGCCUGGGCCCAGCAUGGCUGCCAAGCAGCGCGCCGCGUUUGCUUUCUGGCAAGAAAAGGAGCAGAAAGGCACUGUUUCCGUUGCUGCUGCUGCAAGUGGAAAAGGGGGUGUUGACGGUGUUGCUGGUGGCAGGAGAACAACACGCAAGCUGUCUGAGGCAACGAGCAGCGAAGAUCCUGCGGAUGCGGUCUUGACAGGCACCGUCGCCGGGUCGGGGUCUGGAGCUGGGGCUGCAGCUGGAAGGAGAGCUGGGACCACACCAUCGCCGGCGCUAGCCUCGGGACGAGCCGACUCGCCAACAUCUUCUUCUCCUCCUUUUUCACCAUUGCUGGCAUCGCCCGCUGUCGCCUCCCUACCGGGCAAGCAUGGCGGCAAAGCCAGCCCGAAUCCACAACAGCAGCAAGCCGCGUCGCCAGCUCUUCCCAACAGCGGUGCUGCUGGUCCCACGGUUCUACCGCAUCCUGGAGUGCACGCGCGGAACGUCUCAGGCGCUAGCAACCGCUCUGAUGGCUCACACCCCAGCGCUGCCAAGCACCAACAGCAGGACCGGAGCGACGGCAUCUUCCCGAACCUUGGGCGCCAGCGGAAGAGCAGCGCCGCGUCCGACUAUGGCCGGGCGUCUGCGAGCACGAGCGGUCCGGCCACAUCCGUAGCAGCAGCACUAGCAGGUGCCAGCUCUCCAGAGACGACGCGUCCACCUCUUGUCGGCAGCAGCGGUAGCGGCGGGGGCCAGCGCUCGCACACGUCGACCAAUGCCACCAUCACCGAAGGCUCCGAUGCCGACGCAGCCACCUCAUUCAGUCCGGCGUCCGCGUCACCGUGGACGUCGCUUCCACGUUUGACCCGCAAGGCAAGCUCCUCCGCCAAUACCACCAGCUCGUCCAGCUCUUCCGGCCGGAUCUGGGGCGCAGCUGCAGUGGGCGCCGCCGUUGCGGCGCCCACGGCCUCGUCGCACGAUGAUGCGAGCGUGCAAGCAGAGAUGGAGGCAAUCAAUGCGGUCGAUAGGGAUGCGGAGCACGGUUCGUCUGGCUAUGUUCCUGAUGGCAAAGGCAGCGGCGGCGACGAGCGGCGUUCGUCGCGACAGAGCGCGCGGAGCGGCUCGAGUGGCACCGCGGCGCGCAACCUCUCGUGCGUGCAGCGGAAAGACAGUAAGAGCGACCUGGCCGCCAAGAGUGCGAGCUCGCACUCUCACUCGUCGUCGCCGUUGCCCUCGCCCUCGCGGGGUGUGUCGCCAGGAGUGUCGGCGCCUGUGGCGCUGCCACGCUCGUCGCGGCACCGCAUCCUGACGACGGCGGUGCAUGCACAGGCCGAGGUCGAGGAGGCACUGUCUCCCGUCUCGCUAGAUGCGUAUGGACGCCGCUCCUCGUUGAAGUCCCACUUGAGCACCGCAUCGUCCACCGGCUCCUCCCGCCCGUCGUCGAGCACCCGUCACCUCCACGGCAUCCCGGCGUCGUUGCACGAGAAGAUGAGCGACCAGGAUGAGCAUAACAGCGUUGGUGACGGCGAAGAUGAAGAGCAUGGGCAGGGCGAGGGAGAGCAAGAAGAUGAGAAGGGGGAGGAGGAGCAUCAUGCGCUGCUGUACAAGUCGAUGCCUUCGACAUCGAUCCAACCCAAUCAACAACAGCUAUCUGGCGCGCCGCCUUCGUCCGCUGCGGUCAGUUGCUUCAGACUUGGUGACAGGCUCUUGCCGCAGGCGCAGGCUAACACCAGUGCGCUAAUUACAACUGCAACUGCAACGUCGCCGACCCUUCCGCAGCGACAGGGGUCGCUCACAUCGCUGGAGCACCGCAUGCCCCAGCUGGGCCUGCCCAUCGGCCACGGCGACGGCUUGCAGGCCCGACACAGCUCGGCCACCUCCAUCGAGUCGGAGACGCUUAACGGCCUCGGCGUCACGCUCAAUGCGAGUGAGCACGAGGGGCCGGGCGGUCUGCAAGGCGGUACGGGCUCGAAAGCAAGCGACAUCGUUACAGUGGGUGACGAAGCAGAUACCUCCGCCUCAGCCUCAUCUCGCGUGCCUGGGGAGCGGGCAGCCGAUGACCGGAUAGGAGAGGACGCCGCAGAGCGGACGCGACGGCGCCGCAAGCUGUUCGUUGAGGAGGUCAGGCGGAGAAGCGCCAAGCUGCGCGCCGAGCAGACUGGCAAUUUCUCCUUUGUCAGCGACAUGAGCGCGAAGGCUUCGUUGUUGAUGGAUCGUCGGAGCAGUAGCCAGUCCGGUUCUGGUGCUGAUGCGAGUGGCGGCAGAAACAGCGGCGGCAACUGGGUGACCUCCCUGGAAGGCAGCAGUAACUGGAUGGAAUCAGACUCGGACCACAUGGCGCACUCUGACGAUUCGCAGGAUAAUAGAACCAAUGGCAACGCCGCUGCCGCUGCCACUGCUGCUGCGCUCGCCUUGCGUCCGCGCAUCAUUCCUCAACACUUACGCCCUGCGAAGCAGCCGCGCUCGGUAGCACGUGCGUGCCCCAACAAGAAGGAGGCGAGUGAAGGCAGCGCGGCAGCUGCGUCCCAUCAAUCUGUGCAGGAUUCAUCGGCAGAGGCAGAGUCAAGCGUGGAUGAGGACCAAUUUGUCGAUGCCCUAGACAGCUCCCGACCUGAAUCGCGGCUCGGAAGCGGCGAAGCAGCCCCAUCGCAAGAGGGCAACACACGGCGCGCCGAGAGCGAGAGCGAGAGCGAGAAGAGCGAUGGAUCUGUCUCCAAGCCCUCCUCGCCGCUGCUGCCACAUUCAGCGACAGUCCUCAGCAUCAGUCCAGACGGUCUGCUCGGAUCUUCAGGCGGCGCCUUGCUGAUCCGCACACGCUCUCGCAUCAGGAGCGCCCUCCCUCCUGCGGCGCCCACUCCCACACGCCCGCUACCCGAGCUGCCGCAGCCUGGCACACCUCGCGCGCCCAACUUUGCGCAAGUGCCUCCCGCUGCUCUCACGCGCAGCGUAAGCGAAGAGACACCCCACAACGCGGCGUCCCGUGGGGCGGGCUUGACUGAAGGUGAAGAAGGUGGCAGCGCCGCUGGCGGUCGAAGAGGAGCAGACGGAGAAGGAACUCGGGUCCAAGAGACAGAAAAUGAAGAUGGCUCACAGACUGCAAAGCCUGAAAGGGCAUUCAAGACCGCCACAUCAUCCUUGCUUUGGGGCAGUGGCACGAUUCGAGGCAGACGGCGUGGCGCGACGAUCGGCGCUGUGCCCGCUGCUUCUGCACCGAACCGCCAGGCUGCGCGCGCACGACCGCGUCCGCUCCUGAGCCAACAAUUGGCGCUGCCGGGGUCCGUGUCUGAUGGAGAGGAUGCUUCGGGCCGCGCUUCGCGGAGCUUGGCUCCAAGCGGCUCCACUUCUGCAAGUCGGAGCGUGUCAGGUAACUCAAGCGCGGCGACAACGCUGCCGAACGAGUACGAGGAUGGGGUCGAAGAGAUUCCGUCACGAAGCGGCUCAACGGACCGGCGCCAGUCAUUUGCACCUAGCGACCGAAGUCACAGCGCUAGCAAUGCAAGCCUGCUGCAGCAGGUGUCGCACCCGCAGAGUCACGCCAGCUUUGUCAUUGCCGUUGUCGGGCACCACUUCGCCGGCAAGUCGACUGUCAUCAAGAAAGGCUUGCGGCAGUUCGGUCUCUCCAAGCCUAAUGUGCUCUCGGACAAGGUAACGUCGCACUCCACAGUCUGCGUAGUCGACCAGGAACAGCGAACUAUCGAAGUUCUAGAGAUCGACGCGUCUGCUUUGCUGAUCGGCCCCAACAAGCAAUUUGCAUGGCCCAAGUCGCUGCCGCCCAUCGAUGCUGUCAUUCUCUGCUACGAUGCAAGCCAUUUGCCGUCCUUUAGAGGCAUGUCCGAUCUACUUGAGAAUUUCCACGCCCACCAGCUGAGCACUGUCAUGCUAGCAUGCAAGUCAGAGAUCCAUCCGAAAGCGAUCGAUCCGUUCCAUGCGAGCGAGAUGGCAGCCGUCUGCAAUGUAGGGCUGGCCGAAUGCACCUCUCAAAGUGAGGAGGGCAAGAAACGAAUGCGAGACUGCUUCUCUUAUCUCGUCAAGGAGGUCGCCAAGUCAAGGACUGGGCGCAACCGUCGCAAUUUGAACAUCUCAACGUCACGCAGCGCAUCGAUGGCAACUCCAACCAGCCCUGUAGUCACGACGGCGGAGGAAAGCAUGCAACAGGCGCUGCCGGCACCGAUCCAUCUGACCAGAGGGCGGAACGAUAGCAUCGCAAGUUCGCAGGCAGGGUCAUCGUCCUCUGCGACUGAACCGAGUUCCUUCAAUGGUAGCAUCCGACCGAGCACUGGAGGUGGUGAUACCAGCAGCAGUCCCACAAUCGCAAGCCCUCAGCUUUUCGCCGCUGACGGCGUAUCAGUCGCCACUGAAACCGAGACCCUCAUUAGCCAGCCGCGGUCUGGCGCUGGCCAGCAGGGCUCGGGCUACGUCGAUAUUGAGGAGCUGUGGGACAAGUUCUUCUUUGCAGCCGUUUCCGGCAAUGAUCCAGCUUUCCUCCUCACCUUCAUGGUGUUUUAUCGUGGCUUUGCCAAGCCCAUCGACCUGCUCGUGCAGCUGGCGUCUCGCUUCGAAUCCCUGGCAGAAUCCGCCGAUGAGGUGGAUAUUCUGCUGAUUCGCUUCAGUCUGAUGAGACUCGCAUCAAUGCUUGGGGACUGGGUGCAAGACUAUCCCGGCGACCUCAGUGCGCCGGAAACUUACCCGUUGAUGGUGAACUUCUAUCGGCGCUUGCUACAACACCCUCAUACCGUCCAUACCGCAGCGCCGCUCCAGCCUUUUAUUGAAGCCGCUAAGUUCGCUCCCGAUCUCGACUUGAACUGGAGCAAGCGCACAGCUGCCGAAGCGGAGCCAACCCACUCGGCCCCGGGCACCCCCGCCUGCCGCCCAUUGCUCCUAGACUCGCAUACCUCGGACGUGCAUUCGCUCGCCUCGUCCACGUUGGCUACCAUUAGCCCUUUGGUUUCUGUGCCCUCACUGACUCCAGCAGCCACUGGCUUGCACGACGAGCUUGAACCGCAUGAGAGCGCAUUUUCUGCUCCAGAUUCUGACGAUGCUUCGAAUGGGCGACUCAAACUCACACAUCCCGGUCAAGGACGCCAUCGGAGCGCAUCUGAUCUGACCUUGUCUUCAACUGAAGGUAGCAAUCCGAGCGCGCGUGGCACUGCCACUUCAGCAGCAGCAAGCACAUUCAACAUUCCUGCGGUCAUUCCUCCAGCGCCUGUCGGUUCACUCAAACAGCUGGACCUACAGAAGAAUGCACUGCGAAGCGUUUCGAAUGCACUCGGGUUGGUAGACGACAUGCUCAUUGCUGCGGAGCUGACCCGCCUGGAGUGGAACCUCUUCUCCAACAUCGGCCCCCGAGACUUGCUUCGCCACAUUCUCAUCCCCAGAGAACAGAGGGAGCCAAAUGGUCCGGUCGCCAAGUCGAUCGCCCACUUCAACUACGUUUCUUCCUGGGUCGGAUCGAUGAUCUUGGUGCAGAUUAAGGCCAAGCAGCGCGCUCGCAUGCUGGAAAAGUUUAUGAGCAUCGCGUCCAUCUUACGCCGCGACAACAACUACAACACGUUGCAGAGCGUGCUUGCCGGCCUCGGGAAUACGUCGGUGCAUCGCCUGAAUCAGACUAGAGAGCUGAUCAACACCAAGCCAGUCAUGAAGACCUACCAGAGUCUGACGAGGCUCAUGAAGAGCGAUCGCUCCUUUGCGGCGUAUCGGUUAGCAUUGGAAAAUUCAACUGGACGCACGAUACCCUUCUUGGGUGUUCACUUACAAGACAUUCUGUCCCUCUCGGAUGGCAACCCGUCGAAGCGUGAGAGCGACGGCGCUGUACAUUGGCGCAAGUUUAGCCUUAUGGACGAGGCGGUCAUGGCCAUUGUCAAGUGCCAGCAGUAUGGCCGCUCGGCCUCACCGAACUCUGGGAUUGAACAACUCAUCAUGGAUGUUCCAGUCAUGGAUGAGGAUACCCUAUGGGAGCGGUCGCUUGCUGUCGAACCGCGGCACGCGACAACAGGUCCCAGGAACAUCAUUCGCAAGAUGCAAGGCACAGUCUAAUAUAACGACCGCCUACGAUGCUUUGCCCGUGUUCGUCUGCUUUCCCGUGUUUUAUGUAUUAUUUACUGCUCUACAACACGCCAGUCAUUGAGUGUACGAUCAGAAUUCAAAGCC